AUCAGCACCAGCAACCAGAUGAAUUGCUGCCACCCGUUGCUCUAGAUUGGGCGACUGCUCUCUUGGUUUGUCGCCACGGGGAUACUGGAGGCGGAUCAUGAGAAGCGAGCCGGUGAUUUUGAGCCGUAUUUCUGGGGGAUUUUUUGGGGUUGUCUUGUUUCCCAGCUGCAUUUUUAGCAUUAAACGAACUUUAGUCGUGUAUGCAAGGCCCUGCUCGUUUCUGUCUCCCCCGGGGUUCGUUGGUCGCAUCUGCAAAUGCGCAGUGUCAGUGUCAGCAGUGGAUGGGCCCAUCUUAGCGACUGAUGCCAUCCUUAAUCUUGCAUCUUCCUAUUCGAUGGUGGCGAGACCUGGCGAUGUCAGAGCACUCGUCAACAUCGCGACUGAAAAAUACUUAAGAAGCAGCUUCCCCGUAGUCGUGGAGAUGGCAGAGAAAUCGUGGAGGCAGGAACCGCCCGGAGGUUGUUGCAAGAUGCCACCACCCAGCAUCGUCACUAUCUCCUGACCAUGCGGCCACUUUUUGUUUUAUUUCCCGAAGAGCAAAAGUCGCCCCAUCCCAUGCGGCCGCCCCUUGCCUAACGGGGUAGCAAUAAGCUCGAUACCGAGGCGCCG